AUGAGUGGAAGACCAAAGUCGAGAAAGGGUGCCAGGUUCAUUAGAGUGCAUUCUGAAGAGGCCAGCAGCAGUUCCAGUAGUGACACUGUGCUCUCAGAGCACGGAAACCCUGACUCCAACAGGUUAACUGGAUCAUGGAAGAUUAUCAUAAGUAUGGCGUUUAUAUUGACUUUUCUUCUUAUAGGACUUAGAAAUCACAUGUGGCUUAAAGAAACAGAAUUUCCUCAGAAAUCCAGACCAUUUUAUUCUGUAAUUGCAGAAUAUGGUUCAAGGCUUUAUAACUACCAGGCCAGACGUCGUAUGCCAAAAGAACAAGUGGAACUUUUAAAGAAGGAAAGCCGGACUUUGGAGAACAACUUUCGUGAAAUUCUAUUUUUAAUUGAACAAAUAGAUGUUCUGAAGGCAUUACUGAGAGAUAUGCAGAAUGGUCUGCACAGUUACAGCUGGAAACCUGACGGAGACCCCACUGAGGUUCACAACCACACAGAGGUCAUGGAUGAGGAAAUAUCAAAUUUGGUAAAUUAUGUACUUAAAAAGUUGAGAGAAGACCAAGUCCAGAUGGCUGAUUAUGCCCUCAAGUCAGCAGGAGCCUCCAUCAUUGAAGCUGGGACCUCGGAAAGUUACAAAAAUAGUAAAGCAAAACUGUACUGGCACGGGAUUGGGUUCUUAAAUUAUGAAAUGCCUCCAGAUAUUAUUCUUCAGCCAGAUGUCCACCCUGGAAAGUGCUGGGCCUUUCCAGGUUCCCAAGGUCAUGCCCUAAUCAAGCUUGCCAUGAAGAUCAUACCAACUGCUGUCACCAUGGAGCACAUCUCAGAGAAGGUGUCUCCCUCAGGAGACAUCUCCAGUGCACCCAAGGAAUUUUCUGUUUAUGGCAUGUCGAAACAAUGUGAAGGAGAAGAAAUUUUCCUAGGUCAGUUUGUAUAUAACAGAACAGGAGCCACCAUUCAAACAUUUGAGCUCCAGCAUAAAGUUCCUGAAUCUUUAUUAUGUGUGAAACUGAAAAUCCUCAGCAACUGGGGACACCUGAAGUAUACUUGUUUAUAUAGAUUCAGGGUCCAUGGUACCCCAGGAGAUGACACCUAG